CCUCAAUUUUAGCCAGUCUCCAAUGUCAACCUCAGACCUCCGCGCCUCCAAGGCCCAAACGGCCCAACCGUCCAACCCUAGAUCGCCCUCUCCCUCAGACCCUCACGAUACUCCCCAAUCCGACGCCUCUCUCCUCCCGCUGCCGCCUGCCGCGCCCUUCUCGUCCAGCCGCCGGCCGCCGCACCCAACUAGGCCUCACUUCCCCCCGCCGGCCACCGCACUCCCCAGUCCCCUCGCCCUCCAAAAUUGCGCGCCCGGCCGCCCCCAAAUCCUAAGCCAAAUCGUGCCCGGCCAAAUCGACCGCCGCUCGCCGGCCCUUCCCCGGGACUGCAGACGUCGACGGCCACCGUCCGACCUCCUUAGACCCGCCGCCGACACCGAGGAUGUCGCUUUCAGGAGGUCCUGCCGGCUGCUGCAACUAGUGGUCUCAUCGGCAUCGAAACGUCCGCUCAUCCUAGUGCCAUCACUGCCACCGGUGUUGGUGCAGACUGCAGAGCACCACUCUUCCUCCUGGUCUCUAUCUACUAGAGGCUUAAUAGGCACUAGCCUUGACCUGCCUACUAGGGUUUGUCUCCUUCCUUCGUCGCCGGCGCCGCCUACCCUUGCCCUGCCUAGUACCUACGACCGUGUCCCGGCGACGGCGACGGCAACGGCAACGCAAGUAGUGUUGUACAUCAGGACAGAGGCGGAGCCAGCAAAAAAAUUUAGGUGGGGCAGGCCGGCAGUGGGCCGCCGGCGGGGCGCGGCAGACGGGCACGGCAGGCGGGUUUCCGGUGGCCGGCGGGGCGCGGCAGACGGGCACGGCAGGCGGUUCCCGGCGGCUAGCUGGGGCAGCUGCCCCACCGUGCGGUAUGGGUGGCUCCGCCACUGCAUCAGGACCCUGAUGGCUGGAUAUAUGUCAAGAGGGCCCCCAAAUGGUUCAGUUUAUGUGUGCAACCUGCCUCCUGGAACUGAUGAGACUAUGCUGGCUGAAUAUUUUGGCACCAUAGGGUUGCUAAAGAAGGACAAGAGGACUGGGCGACCAAAAAUUUGGAUAUAUAGGGACAAGGUUACCAAUGAACCAAAGGGUGAUGCAACGGUCACCUAUGAGGAUCCACAUGCAGCUUCAGCUGCGGUGGACUGGUUCAAUAACAAAGAUUUCCAUGGGAGUAUUAUCCAGGUUCAUAUAGCUGAGUCAAAAAGUAAAGAUACAUUUGAUAGUUCCACAAAUUUGGCCAUCCCUGCUGACCUUGGUGGACAAGAUGAAUUGGAUAACGGUGUUGGCAGAGGUAGAGGACGCGGUGAUGGUCCAGGAAAGGCGUGGCAGCAAGAUGGGGAUUGGAUGUGUCCAAAUACAAGUUGUGGCAAUGUAAAUUUUGCCUUCCGUGGCGUUUGUAAUCGUUGUGGAGCUGCUCGCCCUGCUGGUGUCGGUGGUGGUGGUGGUGGUGGUAGGGGUAGAGGCCGUGGUAUCGCUGAUGCAAGAGGAAGCAGCCGUGCGGGUGCUGGUGCUGCUGCUGUUGGUGGUCCACCUGGAUUGUUUGGUCCAAAUGAUUGGCCAUGUCCAAUGUGCGGUAACAUAAACUGGGCUAAGCGGACCAAAUGUAAUAUAUGUAACACUUCCAAGCCUGGUACGAAUGAAGGUGGUGCAAGGGGUGGCCGUGGUGGUGGGUACAAAGAGCUUGAUGAAGAAGAACUAGAGGAAGUUAAAAAGCGUCGGAAAGAGGCUGAGGAGGAUGAUGGAGAGAUAUAUGAUGAGUUUGGCAAUCUCAAAAAGAAAUUCCGUGCCAAAGCACAGCAUACUGAAAGUGCACAGACUGUUCCUGGGUCUGGACGUGCUGGAUGGGAAGUUGAGCAUCGUGGUUCCAGUGAAAGAGAAGGCAGGGAGAGGAGCAGGGAUCGUGGUAGGGAUGAUUAUGAUGGCCAGGAAAUCAGGAGCAGGGAACAUGGAAGAGAGCGGCGCCGGAGCCGGAGCAGAGACCGUGACAGGGAAAGGGGGAGGGACAGAGGAAGGGACCAUGACUACGAAAGGAGUCGGGAGCGCGACCGUGAUCGCCGCCACAGGUGAAGAGAAACGACAGGGCUCUGUUCCUCCCUUACAUAGCUUUUACCAACUUUUGUAGCCGUGGAGAUGUGUUGUUAUUAGCAUCUUGGCGCUGAUUUUUCCUGUGGACCUCUGAUGUUGCUUUGAAUUAUUUGCUGCACUGGCACGCUAUUCUGAUAUCUGCUGUUUGUAAAAUCGAGGCGCUGAUUUUUCCUGUGGAUCUGAUGUUGCUUUGAAUUAUUUUCUGCACUGGCAAGCUAUUCUGAUA